GUGUGUUUCUUAUAUUUACAGAAGAAGCAAAGUGAAGCAAUCCCACCAACCGUAACACACCAAAGCACGAGAUAUACUGAGCACCAAUGGAAACAGAAACACGAAAAACUCAGAAAACAACAAAAUAUGAGCGUAGUGAAAGCAGAAGAAAACACAACCAAAAGGGGGUUAAAAAUUAAUAAAUUUGGAAAAGUGAGGAAGCAAAGACAUGAGCUCAAAAGCCACCAGGUAGAUUGAGAUAAUAAAGAGAGAGACAGAGAAGAGAGAGAGAGAGAGAGAGAGAGAGAGAGAGAGACAGAGUUUGGUUUGCUCAUAAAGCUACGAAUUUUGCAAAUGUCACAAGAUUCUCAGGGGAUAAAGACGAUUGAGCAGUGGAGAUGGUCCGAAAUGCAAGGCCUUGAGCUGGUGUCUGACGCUGAGCCUUCUUCUGACCCAUUUAAAACCAACCCAUCAAAGCCAACAACACCGUCAACAACAACAGCAGCAGCUCUAGACAGAGACCCGAGAGUGGAGGACCAGGAAGCUCAAGAAGUUGUGAACAAGGCAGAGAGAAGAGAGGCAAUGGAGAGCUCUGAGCCCAAAAAAGACUCUAGUGGUGGUGGUGAUGGAGGUAACAGUAGUGGUGGUGAAAAGCCUGAGGCUUUUCCCUCAGUUGGGUUUGGAGAGCUUUUCAGAUUUGCUGAUGGGUUGGAUUAUGUUCUGAUGGCAAUUGGGUCUGUUGGAGCAAUCGUGCAUGGUUGCUCUUUGCCUAUCUUUCUUCGUUUCUUCGCCGAUCUUGUUAAUUCUUUUGGUGCAAAUGCAAACGACAUGGAUAAGAUGAUGCAAGAGGUUUUGAAGUAUGCGUUGUAUUUUCUUGUGGUUGGAGCUGCAAUAUGGGCAUCUUCAUGGGCAGAGAUUUCUUGCUGGAUGUGGACGGGAGAACGUCAAUCAACUAAAAUGAGGAUCAAGUACCUUGAAGCUGCUCUGAACCAGGACAUUCAGUACUUUGAUACAGAGGUUCGAACCUCCGACGUCGUUUUUGCCAUUAACACCGAUGCAGUGAUGGUCCAAGACGCCAUUAGCGAGAAGUUGGGUAAUUUCAUUCACUACAUGGCAACAUUUGUGUCUGGAUUUGUGGUGGGUUUCACUGCUGUGUGGCAAUUAGCUCUUGUCACUCUUGCUGUUGUUCCUCUAAUAGCUGUAAUUGGAGCCAUACAUACCACCACAUUAGGCAAGCUCUCAGGCAAGAGCCAAGAAGCUCUUUCACAAGCAGGACACACUGUAGAACAGACUGUAGUUCAAAUUCGAGUUGUUUUGUCGUUCGUUGGGGAAUCAAGAGCACUACAAACAUACUCCUCAGCAUUGAAGGUGGCUCAGAGGCUUGGUUACAAGAGUGGAUUUGCUAAAGGAAUGGGACUUGGAGCAACUUACUUUGUUGUUUUCUGUUGCUAUGCACUUCUUCUCUGGUAUGGGGGUUAUCUUGUUAGGCAUCAUUUCACCAAUGGCGGUCUUGCCAUAGCUACCAUGUUUGCUGUCAUGAUAGGUGGACUGGCUUUAGGACAAUCUGCCCCAAGCAUGGGUGCUUUUGCAAAGGCUAAAGUUGCAGCUGGGAAGAUUUUCAAAAUUAUUGAUCACAAACCGGGCAUGGACCGGAAUAGUGAAGCAGGCUUGGAACUAGAGUCUGUUACAGGACUAGUGGAGCUGAAAAAUGUAGACUUUGCCUACCCAUCAAGGCAGGAUGUUCGCAUCCUCAACAAUUUCUCUUUGAAUGUUCCGGCUGGAAAGACCAUAGCCUUGGUUGGUAGCAGUGGCUCCGGUAAAAGCACUGUGGUCUCCCUCAUUGAGAGAUUUUAUGAUCCCUCCUCAGGACAAGUUCUGCUAGAUGGGCAUGACAUAAAGACCUUGAAACUAAGGUGGCUGAGACAGCAAAUAGGGCUUGUGAGCCAAGAGCCAGCUCUGUUUGCUACCACCAUUAAAGAAAAUAUACUUUUGGGAAGGCCUGAUGCAGACCAAGUUGAGAUUGAAGAAGCUGCCAGAGUUGCCAAUGCCCAUUCAUUCAUUGUCAAACUUCCUGACGGUUUUGAUACUCAGGUAGGGGAAAGAGGACUGCAACUAUCUGGAGGGCAGAAGCAGAGAAUAGCCAUAGCAAGGGCAAUGCUGAAAAACCCAGCAAUCCUACUCUUAGAUGAGGCAACAAGUGCAUUGGACUCUGAGUCAGAAAAGCUGGUGCAAGAAGCCCUUGACCGGUUUAUGAUUGGCAGGACAACUCUUGUCAUUGCCCAUCGCUUAUCAACCAUUCGCAAAGCUGACCUUGUAGCUGUACUCCAACAAGGAACUGUGUCUGAAAUCGGAGCCCAUGAUGAACUCAUUUCGAAAGGAGAAAAUGGUGUAUAUGCCAAGCUCAUCCGAAUGCAAGAGAUGGCACAUGAAACUGCUCUCAACAAUGCCAGAAAGAGCAGUGCAAGGCCUUCUAGUGCCAGAAACUCUGUUAGCUCACCUAUAAUUGCCCGAAAUUCCUCAUAUGGUCGAUCACCAUACUCACGCCGGCUAUCGGACUUUUCUACUUCUGAUUUUAGUCUCUCCCUUGAUGCCUCGUAUCCCAAUUACCGGCUAGAAAAACUUCCCUUCAAGGAGCAAGCUAGUUCCUUCUGGCGCCUUGCUAAAAUGAACUCUCCUGAAUGGGUUUAUGCUUUAGUUGGUUCAAUUGGGUCUGUUGUUUGUGGUUCUCUUAGUGCUUUCUUUGCAUAUGUUCUAAGUGCUGUCCUCAGCGUCUACUACAAUCCGGACCAUGACUUCAUGAUCAAACAGAUUAAUAAGUACUGCUAUUUGUUAAUUGGACUUUCAUCAGCUGCACUUCUCUUCAACACACUGCAACAUUUCUUUUGGGAUAUUGUGGGAGAAAACCUUACAAAACGAGUGAGGGAGAAAAUGCUGACAGCAGUUCUGAAAAAUGAAAUGGCAUGGUUUGAUCAGGAGGAAAAUGAGAGUGCCAGGAUUGCAGCAAGGCUGGCUCUUGAUGCCAACAAUGUCAGAUCAGCCAUUGGAGACAGGAUUUCUGUUAUUGUACAGAACACAGCACUCAUGCUGGUUGCUUGCACUGCAGGAUUUGUUUUGCAAUGGCGCCUUGCCCUUGUCCUUAUAGCUGUCUUCCCUGUGGUUGUUGCAGCCACAGUGUUGCAGAAAAUGUUCAUGACGGGUUUCUCUGGAGACCUCGAAGGUGCACAUGCCAAGGCCACCCAACUGGCUGGGGAGGCCAUAGCCAAUGUAAGGACUGUUGCAGCAUUCAAUUCAGAGGGAAAAAUUGUUGGUCUUUUCUCCAGCAACCUCCAGAUUCCCCUACGCCGGUGCUUUUGGAAGGGCCAGAUUGCUGGCAGUGGUUUUGGGAUAGCUCAGUUUGCACUUUACGGUUCCUAUGCUCUAGGUCUUUGGUAUGCUUCCUGGCUUGUAAAGCAUGGAAUCUCCGAUUUCUCAAAGACAAUCCGAGUUUUCAUGGUCCUGAUGGUGUCCGCUAAUGGGGCAGCAGAAACACUAACACUAGCACCUGACUUUAUUAAAGGUGGUCGAGCAAUGCGAUCAGUCUUUGACCUCCUUGACCGCAAAACUGAAAUUGAACCUGAUGAUCCAGAUGCUACUGUUGUCCCUGAUCGUUUGCGUGGAGAAGUUGAACUCAAGCAUGUAGACUUUUCUUACCCUACUCGCCCUGAUGUCCCUGUUUUCCGUGACCUCUCCCUCCGUGCCCGAGCAGGCAAGACUCUUGCCCUUGUUGGUCCUAGUGGGUGUGGCAAGAGCUCAGUCAUUGCACUGAUACAGCGGUUCUACGACCCGACAUCAGGACGAGUUAUGGUUGAUGGAAAGGACAUUCGAAAAUACAAUCUCAAGUCCCUAAGGAGGCACAUAGCCGUGGUUCCUCAGGAGCCAUGCCUCUUUGCUACAACCAUAUAUGAAAACAUUGCUUAUGGGCACGAGUCAGCAACUGAGGCUGAGAUCAUUGAAGCUGCAAAUAUGGCCAAUGCUCACAAGUUCAUAUCUGCAUUGCCGGAAGGGUACAAAACAUUUGUUGGGGAGAGAGGAGUUCAACUAUCUGGAGGACAGAAACAAAGAGUUGCUAUUGCCAGGGCCUUAUUGAGGAAGGCUGAGCUUAUGCUUCUUGAUGAGGCAACAAGUGCACUUGAUGCUGAGUCUGAGAGAUCUAUUCAAGAGGCUCUGGAUCGUGCUUGCUCAGGGAAAACCACAAUUGUGGUUGCACACAGACUAUCAACUAUCAGGAAUGCCCAUGUCAUUGCAGUGAUUGAUGAUGGGAAAGUGGCAGAGCAAGGAUCUCACUCCCAUCUAUUGAAAAAUUACCCGGAUGGGUGUUACGCGCGCAUGAUACAGCUACAACGGUUCACACACACCCAGGCCAUUGGAAUGGCAUCAGGUUCAAGUUCUUCAGUAAAACCCAGAGAUGAUGAAGAUAGAGAAGGCAAGUAAGGUGAAGCCACACGCCAGUAAAGAGGAGUAUAUCCCGUAUACCCCAUCUGAUUUUUUGGGUUUUUGUUUUUGUUUUUCUGUUUUGGUAUAGUAUAUGUAUUAUCUUUCUUUCUUUUACUCCCACCUAUUUUUACCAUA